AAGCGCGACGGCGGGCGGCGAGACUCCAUGUCUUACAAACGAUCACGAGCCACCUUCGAGGCGAACGGUGAAGAUGCUGCACCAUACGCAAUCUUUGGAACACCCUUGCCAGACGAGGCUGAGUCCCGGGACGAUGGCUCCUUUGUUCCCAUAUGGAAGCAGGAAGUGAGGGAUGAGAGAGGCCGCAAGAGACUCCAUGGUGCCUUCACUGGAGGCUGGAGCGCAGGGUAUUUCAACACGGUUGGCUCGAAAGAGGGGUGGACUCCAUCUACUUUCGUUUCUAGCCGAAGCAAUAGACAGAAGGAUAGAGCGGCGAAGCAACAACGGCGCCCAGAAGAUUACAUGGACGAGGAGGACUUAGCUGAUGCCGCAGAGGCACAGAAGCUCGAAACAUCACACGCUUUUGCUGGGAUAGGCGGCGCAACACGAGAUGGGACGGGCGCGGGCGGUUUGGCGGGACUCUUCAGGACCCAGGGGGACACAAUGGGGCUGAAGCUCCUGCGCAGGAUGGGCUGGAAGGACGGGCAAGGCAUCGGACCAAAGGUGCGGCGAACAGCCCGGCUUGAUAUGGCAGGGGGGAAAUCGGCUGCGGAUGGCGAGAGCUACAUGUUUGCCCCCGACGACGUACCGAUGAUUCAGUUCAACCGCAAGACAGAUCGAAAAGGCUUAGGGCAUCAGGGCGAAGCGAAACUGAACGACUCUGCACGCGGCAGCGACGAAGGCAACGAAGACGAUGAUGAAGACGGCAUGCCUUCGAAACAAGAUGGCAGGUUUUCGCUUUUCUCUUCUCGAAAUGCAAAGGCUAAGCCGAGCCGGACUGGCAUCGGGGUCGGGGUACUUAAUGACGAUGGUUCUGAUGGAGAAGACCCCUACGAGAUUGGACCUAAAAUCAAGUAUAGUCGUGUUAUCGGAGGAGACAAAAAGAAAAAGAAGAAGCCCUCUUCUUCUGCCAAUCCCACAUUAGGGAACGCCCCUGUCUUCGUGCCCAAGCUCGCCAGGGCUGGGAAUAGUCUGUAUCGAUGUCACGAUGGACGCUUGCCUCUGGACGGGUUUGUCUUGGCCAAGCUCACUGAAGAUAUUGCAGGGCUCAUGUCAAAAUAUGCGCCGCCGCCUGUCCCUGAAGGUUGGAUAUCGUCGAAGAAGAAAAACCAAGAGGGUGGAGGGGCUAGCGAGGCCUACAGAUCUACAGCUGACGCAGCAAAGGCAUCUUCACUUGACCCAAGAUCACGCGCGGCUUUGUUAGGGGAGAGUGUACUCCCAGGGAAGUCUGUCUUCGAUUUCCUCUCUCCGGCCGCCCGGGACAAGCUGGCUACAGGGUCAGGGAAGACGAACUUGCCGCCUGGCCUUGGAGAGGUUCCCGAGGAGUUUCGAAUGUCCGAGAAAGAGAGACAGGAGAUGUUGUGGAAUCAAAUUCCAAAGCUGGAUCAUCAAACAGCGAGAGCAGCACUAUCGAGGAGUGCCGGAGGACCAUACGCCGACGAUGAGUCGAAAAGAUCGCGCUACAAGGCCUACCUUGAAAGUCAAGCCAGUCCGAAUGCGCCUCCCCCCACCAAGGCGCAAGGUAUGGAUGAUGAUACCUUCUUCAAAGAGGCAAACGAAUUCUAUAACUGCGCACGGAUCUUCAAGCCUAUGACGGGCUUUAUGGCAUCCAGAUUUACUACAGCGAAGACGACCGCGCCGUCCACCUCUGCGUCGAAGGAGCAGGGCGAGCAGCUCCUGUCCAAACCAGCACCAAAGGUAGUUGACCCCGCCGAGGAGGCAGCUAAGAUGGGCAUGUUUGGAAGCAUGACCAGAUCUAGCCAAUUGUUCUACCCAACCAGACUUCUGUGUAAGCGGUUCAACGUAAAAGCGCCUGAGCACUCUCGGCCGGACAAGAUGGAGGAGCCGGACAAAGCACAGGCCCCACAGAAGAACUGGGCGGUCUACGAGACACAAACGGCAGAGCCAGAGGUCACACAAGAUAGGAAUGGUCUGCCAGUGCAUCAGCCAGCGGCAGCGGCAGAAACGAGGAAGCUGUUGGAAGAACCUGGCCGGGUUGAUCCAGAGAGAAGCGAGGCGAUCGAGGGGAAGACGGCGCACGCCGAUCCCGCCUACCAACCACCAACGGACCACCCCCGACCAGCUCCGUCGUCUGCCGCUUCGCUCGAAUGCUGCACCGCUUCCAUCACGUCUGAUCCCAUCUCGAAGCUGUCAGGCCUACCGCGUUCUGCUACCGCCAUCCCGCCAUCCGCUGCAUCAGCGCGCCAGCUGCCACCUACAGAAACCGUCACGUUGUCGGGAACACAGGACUCUCGGAACGGACCGUCCGCGGCCACGGACAUUGUCGACGCCCUGAGGCAACACGCCCACGAAUCCGAUAUUGAUAUCACUACCGACGACGAGGACAACAACCUCCUUGGUCGCGAGCAAUCACCGCCGCCGCAGUACCCAGCCUCCGAGGCGCCUUCCUCCCCACGGCCUCCGCCGUUCUCGUCGCUCUUUUCACCACCACCUGACGACGCCGAUCACCGCCUAGGAAAGCUCGUCGCCUCCUCGUCCGUCGCCGUCGCAGAAGGAGAAGCCUCAUCUGCUCCAGCAUACACCCCCUGCGAACCUUGGGAUCCUGACCAGGCAGUUGCCAGGGCUGUUUCUGAGACAAAGACUGCGCUCCCAAGAGAUACCAAGGGGCAGUCAUCCAAAGAUAACGACGCCGAACCUCCACCUGCUUAUUCAGAAGGGGACAGUCCUCUUCUAACAUUUUCAUACGUCAUGGCUGCUGCCGGAGGAGCCUCGAGUAUCAUCACUCAGGUCCAACAGGGUGGUCCAUCCCUCAAUGCCAUUGGCGAUGUCGGUGCCGAUGAAACCAUUGCAAUGGACCUACGUGGUACCAAAUUUGUCUUGUCUCGCGAUGAGCUGUUGACCUUGCCAGAAUUUGUGCUCCUUUCCCUGUUCCCCAAUGGCCUGUUCCCAGAGGGGCAAAUGGGCGGACUGUCAGAGGGUGAAGCAGUGCAGGUUGAUUACGACCCAGCCUCCCUUCAGUAUAUGUUGGACUUCUUCCGCAACGUAGCCCAAACGAUCCCCGCUGAGUCUUCGCCGGGCGCAUCGCAAGACGGGGAUGUUGUGCCAAUCGAGCCCCUGGGCGCCCGCGACGAUUCGUCCAAGCGUGCAGGCAUCAUUGUGCUCCGCGAAGACCUCGACUUUUACGCCAUCCCCCCCAAGCCUGAGAUCACUCAGCUUGACAUGCUUGAAGUCAAGCGCGCUGCCGCACGUGCGCUCCAGAAGCAGGAUGGAAUCUUUUCGGGACUGAAGAGGAGCGACGAACCAGGAACAACCGAGGCACACCUAAUUGAAAUGCUCACAGCUGGCGGCUUCAACCGUGAAGACCAAUGGGGACACCGCGCUGGCGAACCCCACAAGGCGGUUAUCUGCAGUCUGGCUCUGGCACGCCUUCGCAGCGAUAUCCGUGGCAACGAGGUCGGCAGCAACGCCGUAGGAAUGGCACAGAAGCUUCUCCUCUUCUGGCGCAAGCCCGCGCGCAGAUGCUGGUGGGAGGGUGUCGAGCUGGAGAAUGUCGAGGGAGUGGAGGGAAAGCUCAAGGUAUGGAUCAGGCGAGUCUGGACGCUUGAGAUGAGUGUGAUUGGCCUGCGGUGA